AUGUUUCCACGAAGUUCAUCCCCGUCAUGUGCAACGAUGCAAUCUAUGAGAUCGUUAUCACCGUCAACUUCAUCGUUCGGACGUGAUAUAUUGAACAAUCUGAAGCGAUCGAAACUGUACCAUUCGCUAUCGUCACUCGACAAAACGAAAUUGUGGAGUCGGUUCUAUGUGGACGAUGAAGACAAUAUUCAGCGAGUCUUAGACGUAGUAUCAGAUGAUCAAAAAAUUAUAACAAAUCCACGUUUGAAUCGAAAACGAAGGACUGUCAUGGUUAGACGAAAUCCUGAUCAAUUAUUUGGUUUUACAAUACAGUGUUACGUAAUAAAACGGAAUAUCGAUGAUGUGACUGAGAAGAUUUCCUAUAUUGAUUAUGUACAAAUGGAUAGUCCGGCUUUCGAAGCGGGUAUAAGGCCUGGUGAUGUGAUCAUUUCAAUCAACGGAUGUGUGGUGACGACGAUGUCGCAUAAAGAUUUAAUUGAUUUAAUAAAUUCUUUAUACGAGAUGCGAAUGGUGCUGAUUAACGAUUCCAUUAAAGAGCGCAUCAAUUUAAUUGGACGCGCCAUAAAGCUGCGGAAAUUGUUGAAUGAUAAAUUGUAUCAGUUGAAUAUCAUUGAUAUUCAGGAACAGAAUAUCCUAUUUAGUUAG